AUGGAUGAUUCAUGGCCUACAGCAGAAGACGAAGACUUUGAUUUUGGUACCAAGGUUUCUGAUAGUUAUGAAAAAGGAAAAAGUCUGUUGCAUGAAAAGCACAUGUUGAAGGCUAAAAUUGCCAAACUAAGACUGGAAAUAGACAAACUACAAAAUCAGAACCAGGAAAUGGAAAAAAAAUUUGAGGACAUUGUUAUUGUCAAAGCAAAUAAUGAUCUUCUUCAAAAGACAAUAAAAAUGAAUGAGAAAACACUUACAAAAACAAUAUCCCAAUGUAAUGGGCAGCUUCAUGUUCUGACAGCUGAGAACACAAUACUAAAGUCUCAACUAGAGACUGUAAAAAAAGACAAAGAAAGACUGGAAACAGAAGUUGAAUCAUACCAGUCGAGACUGGCUACUGCUGUACAGGAUCAUGAGCAAAGUGAGACAUCAAAAAGAGACCUGCAACGUGAUUUCCAGAGAGCAAGAGAUGAAUGGUUUCGUUUACGGGACAAAAUGAAUUGUGAUAUGUCUGACCUAGAAGAUAGAAAUGAGGUGCUUUCUCAACAACUUUCUGAAGCUGAAAGUAAAUUCAGUAGCCUAGAAACUGAGCUUCAGCACACAAGAGAAGCUCUCAGAGAAAGGACUUUGGUUUUAGAAGGGGUACAGAGAGAUCUAAGAGAAAUACAGUGUCAAAGAAAGGAAACUGAACACAUGUAUCAAAAGGAACAAAAUAAAGUGAAUAAAUACAUUGAAAAGCAGGGCUCCUUAGAGGAGAGGCUAUCUCAACUGCAGAGCGAAAAUGAGUUGCUUCGGCAGCAGCUAGAUUAUGCUCACAACGAAGUUUACAAGAGAGAAAAGACAGUCAUUGAUUUCAAAGAUCAGUUACAGGAUAUCAUAAAAAUAUUUCAAUCUGAAAGUGAAAACCAAGCUCUUAUGGUGAAUGAAAGAAAUACGAAGUUAAUCAAUGUAUGUAAUCGUUUAAAAGAAAUAAUGCAUGAAUGUAAAAACGGUAAAGCAGAAAAAGAUGCAACUGUGAGACAACUUCACCAAGAACUGACUGGCACCCUGGAAAAUCAAUCUGUGUCAGAGGCUUCACUGCAGACUACGUCACAUUCUCAUAUGAAUUUAGAAGAUGAAGCACUGGAUAUAAGGAAGAAAUUAGAUCAAAACACAAGUCAGGAGUCAGUAUCUGUGGAAGCAUUACAAAAGAAAUAUGAACAACUAAAGAAUAAAAAAGGGAAUUUGAAUCAAGAAGCAGUAAACCUCAAAAGACAUAUGCUAGUGAAUAUGACAGAAUUCAGUGAAGGAGAGCAGUAUCGCCAGAAAGCUGAAGAAAGAGUGAGAUGGGAUAUAGAAGCAAAAUCAGAAGUCAUCACAGCAGCAUCUCAAGGUAAUCUGGAGGAGUUAAAAGAGAUUCAUUAUGCUGUAGCAAAAAGGCAGUUGGAACUCAGAAGUAAUCAUUUGGAAUCCAAAUUCCCCAAAAUAAAAACUUCUCAUGAUUCUAAAGAAACAGAUUUGGAAAAAUGUAGACAACUCUAUCUAAAAGAAAUAGAAAGUAAAGAGUCAUUGAGAAAUGAACUUAACAAGACUAAGGAGACGCUUGCAGAGACCAACAUUGAGCUUCUUCUGCAGAAACAGCAGAACAGAUCUUUACUCAGCACUUUUAAUCCAAAGCCGGAGACAACUUAUGAUGGAAAUUUUGAUAAUUUUUUGCUCAAUAGAAAUCCUACUCAGAGAGAUAAGUUAGCGAUUUCCACUUCAAAGGCACGGACUUCACCUGACGUCGUUGUGAAGGUUAGUUAUAUUAUCCUUUUUCCCCUACAUUUCAGAUUUCUGAUAUAAUUCUCGUAUUUAAUUUGG